AGUCUCAACCUCCAGUCCUAUGAGGUACUGUGUUUUGAAGCUCUUCACUGCUCCAUGAAUCACAUUAAAAACAUUCUGGAAGAAAUUCCACAUCACAUUUCUGACAUUGAUACACUAAUAAAACUUAAAGAAAUACUAGCUGUCCAACUUAACAAAGAGAAAAAACGAGGAGUAGAUUAUCACAAGACACUAAUCUACUUAACUAUAGCCCUUUACCAGACAACAACCCAUGAUGUGAGAGCUUUGCUGGCCACCUUGUGUGAAAUGGUGGAAAUUUUUUAUGCCCAGGACAGAAAGAGGUCACCAAAGUUGAUAUUAAGGUUGCAUAACCUAUGCUGGAGGCAUGCAAUUUUGUGCUGAAAAGUGAUGACCCCAACUAGAGCCCAAACAAGCAGAAAGCUCUUUGGUAUAUACUUCCAUGCAUGUGUAUCUCAUUCCGCCUUUCUUCUCUGUCUUGCUUCACACCGUUCAACUAAUGCAGAAAUGUUUGAGAGGUUGUUUGAGGAGCUGACCGACAUCACCAGGAAGACCUGGAACAACCGAGUUGAAAGCUUAGUGAGCAAUGCAGUUCUGCAUAUGCAAGCAGAGAAGACUUCAGGAGGAAACACAGCUGUGACCUGCAUCAUCAGGCAAGAAAAGGAAAUCAGCAACAUCAGCAAAGCCCUACCAAAGCUGGGAAACACAGUUUUACCCAAAGAUGUCAUCAACACACAUGCUAGGCACUGGGAGGCUCACCUUUAG